AUGCCUACACCAUCGAGUGAAAAUAGUGGAGCAACGCCACCGAUGAUUAAUCCUGUUUCAUACCAAAUUACUCCCCCAGAGGAAUUCGACUUUUCAAAGCCAAACGAGUGGGUCAAAUGGAUCAAGAGAUUCGAGCGCUUUCGUUCUGCAUCUGGUUUGAGUAAAAGAGAUGAGGAAAGCCAAGUAAACACGCUCCUGUAUUCUAUGGGAAGCAAAAGUGAUGAUAUACUGGCGACAUUUGGACUCUCAACCGACGACUCAAAGAAAUAUAACGCAGUUAAAGGCAAGUUUGAUGGCUAUUUCGUAAAGAAAAGAAAUAUAAUCUACGAACGCGCGAAGUUUAACCGACGUAAACAAGAAAACGGUGAGCCUGUUGAUUCUUUUAUCACUGAUUUAUAUGGCCUUGCUGAACAUUGUCAGUUUGGUUUGCUACACGAUGAAAUGAUACGCGACCGUAUUGUGGUGGGUCUAGUUGACMAAAAGCUCUCAGAAAAGCUCCAGUUGGAUGCAGACCUAACCUUAGAAAAAGCCAUUAACAGUGUAAGACAGAGUGAGUCUGUGAAAAGCCAACAAUCAGUARUCAGAGGUCAAGAUGAUGCAAGUCAACCUGCAAAAGUAGACAGAAUUCACAGGUCUAAGACACAGAAACCUCAACAUCACGGCCAAAAUCUGCAUGGAAAAGCAGGUAAACAACCAGCAAUCCCAAAUAAUCCAACCAAUGAUGUGUGCAAACGAUGUGGAAAAAGUCCAGCCCACAAAAGAACACAGUGUCCGGCAAAAGAAGCAACGUGCCGAAAGUGCAAAAAGAAAGGUCACUUCCAAGCUGUAUGCCUUAGUGGAAAAGUAAAUGCAGUCGUAGGGGAUGACGAUGACAGUGAUGAUUUCUUUCUCGGUGCUCUGAGCGCUGGAGAAGUUGAUACUGUACAUGUAGACCCCUGGAAGACGAAUAUCUCUGUUAAUGGCAAUAACAUUGCGUUCAAACUGGACACYGGAGCUGAUGUCUCUGUGGUACCCGACUCUAUUCUGCCAAAGCUUAAGCUAAAUACCACUCUUUGUCAAGCAAAGAGGACAUUGACAGGACCUGACGGUUCUAAGCUCAACGUCAGUGGAUCACUCUCUGCUACAUUGAAAGCUAAUCACCUCGAAACUAAACAAGAAAUCUUCGUUGUCAAGAAUUUGAAGUAUCCAUUGCUUGGUAGACCUGCCAUAGAAGCUCUGCAACUCGUCAAAGUUAUACACUCUGUGGAAGAGUCAUACAAAGAGUCUGUACAUGCAAGACAUCCAAAGCUAUUCAAAGGCUUAGGAAAACUCGAUGGUCAAUACAAAAUUGAAUUAAAGGAUAACGCUGUACCUUAUGCUGUGAACACACCACGACGAAUCGCGAAGCCACUCUUACCUAAAGUUAAACAUAAGCUUGAGGAACUAGAACAACAAGGUGUUAUAUCGAAGGUAGAUCAACCCACAGAUUGGUGUGCGCCUAUUGUAACUGUUCCAAAAAACAACGGCGAUGUUAGAGUCUGUGUUGACCUGACCCAACUCAACAUGCAAGUUAAACGUGAACGACUGAUGCUCCCAUCGGUCGACGACGUGCUCUCUCAGUUAAGUGGUGCUGCAGUCUUUUCAAAGUUAGAUGCUAACUCUGGCUUCUAUCAAAUUGAGCUUGCACCGGAAUCAGCGCUGUUGACAACAUUCAUCACGCCAUUCGGGCGGUUUUGCUAUAAUAGGCUACCGUUCGGAAUAACCUCUGCACCAGAGUAUUUUCAAAAGAGAAUGCAGUCUGUACUUGCUGGAGUAGAAGGGACAGUCAAUAUGAUUGACGACACACUCGUCUUUGGGAGAAAUCAAGUGGAGCACGACGARCGUCUUGAAAAAGUGUUGAGAAAACUUGAGGAAGCMAAAAUCACCCUCAAUGCUGAGAAGUGUGAGUACUCGAAGACAAGCUUAACAUUCCUUGGUCAUGUGGUAGAUGCGUCUGGUAUACGUCCGGACCCUGAAAAGGUAAAGGCAAUCCGCGACAUGGAAGAUCCUACCAAUGUGACGGAGCUAAGGCGGUUCCUAGGAAUGACGAAUCAGCUCGGAAAGUUUUCUGAUAAAAUAGCCGAAGUCUCAAAGCCUUUGAGAGAUCUAUUAAGCUCAAAGAAUUCCUGGGUAUGGGAAAGCCCUCAGAAAGAAGCAUUCAACGCUCUCAAGAAACUUCUCUGCAGUGAAGAAGUGGUACUAGCUCACUACGAUCUAGAAGCGGAAACCAGAGUCUCAGCCGAUGCAUCUUCAUAUGGCUUGGGUGCCGUCCUCUUACAAAAGCAGAAAGAUCAGAACUGGAGACCCGUGGCUUAUCAAUCGAGAUCCCUAACCGCGUGUGAACAAAGAUACGCCCAAAUUGAAAAAGAAGCACUUGCUACGACUUGGGCGUGCGAACGUUUCAACAACUACUUGCUCGGGAAAACCUUUGAGGUACAGACGGAUCACAAGCCUUUGAUCUACCUCUUAAGCUCCAAGAAGGAUCUAGAUUGCUUACCUCCUCGCAUUCAACGCUUUAGAAUGCGUCUGAUGAAGUACAGUUUCAGCAUUGUCCAUGUACCGGGUAAAGAACUGAACUGUGCAGACACUCUAUCAAGAGCUCCAAUGUCUCAGCCAACGACGCAAGACAGCAACUUGGAAGCGGAGACAAAUUUGUAUAUCAAUUAUGUCUUUCAGAGCCUACCUGCAACUGGGAAACGCUUAGAGGAAAUAAGAAUCCAUCUACAAGAGGAUGAGAUCUGCAAACAAAUUAUGUCUUUCUGUGAAAAGGGAUGGCCAGAAAAGAGCUCCCUUAAAGGUCCAGUAAAGCUGUAUGCCCCCUUUGCAGCUGAACUUACAGUUCAUAAUGGAUUGMUACUCAGAGGAAGUCGACUUGUCAUUCCAGCUUCAAUGCGGAUGGACAUGUUAGACAAGUUACACGCUGGUCACCAAGGCAUAGUCAAAUGUCGUGUCCGAGCUAGAGAAAGUGUAUGGUGGCCUGGGAUUGGCCGACAGCUUGAAGAGCUUGUGARCGAGUGUCCCGUUUGCAGAAAGUUCAGAAAAAACCAUGUCGAGCCCAUGAUUGCAUCAGAGCUACCAGACUACCCAUGGCAAAAAGUAGCCUCAGAUCAACUCUUCUGGAAAGGAAAGACUUACCUACUAGUGAUAGACUAUUACUCCCGCUACAUAGAAGUGUCUCAACUGACCUGCACUACUUCWCAAAGUAUCAUCGCAAACCUGAAAACCAUAUUCAGUCGCUUCGGCAUUCCAGAGAAGCUCGUCACUGAUAACGGACCUAAUUAUGCAUCCAAGGACUUUGUAAACUUUGCAAAGGACUACGGAUUUACUCAUGUCACAAGUAGCCCCCGUUACGCGCAAGCCAACGGAGAAGCUGAACGUGCUGUUCAGACUGUGAAAAGUCUGUUUGAAAAGUGUGCUGACCCACACCUAGCUUUAUUGGCAUACCGUUCAACACCGUUAGAACAAGGGUAUAGUCCUGCACAACUUCUUAUGUCUCGUAAUCUACGCACGACAGUACCAGUGCAUCCAUGCAAGCUAAAACCUUCGGUGGUAGUACAUGAAAGUCUUCWCAAGAAGGACUWUGAACUUAAACAACGWCAGAAGGAGAACUAUGACUCGCGUCAUAGAGUCAAGGAUCUUACUCCUUUGGCGGAAGGCGAUCAAGUGUACCUUCCUCAAAUGAAAACUACAGCCACAGUUCAAAAGGAGUUCGGUGAAAGGASUUACAUCGUCUCAACCCCAAGUGGUGAGGUUCGACGAAACCGGAGACAUCUCAACUCGCUGCCCAAGGAAACGGUUGCAGAAGUCCCACCUUCUCCUCCACCAAAGUCUACACUGAAAGCUGAAACAGCGCAACUUCCUUCUGUUGAUGGAAACGUCUURACCCGUUCCGGUCGUACUGUGCGUCCUCCACAAAGACUUAUUGCUGAAUAG